AUGGCUGAGAAAGAUAGGAGGGGUACAGAGAACAUGAAGAGGAAUGGAGAGUUUGAAAUGUCGUCGACUGAGAUCCCCAAUCCAAAUGCUUCGUAUCUUAAUCUUUCUCAUCGUCACCAUCACCAUCACCAUCAGCUCUUGAAUGGUUCUCCUAUUGGCAGAGUUUCUCUGCAACCAGAGUCCUAUCCUUCGAGUUCUUUCUCUAAUGGGUUUGGUUCCUCUGAGGAUGGUUGGCUAUUUCCAAUUCCAUAUGAGGAGGUUAAGCGUCAAACACCCAGCACCCAUUACCCGAACAUCAAUGGGAGGCUGGUGGAUGACAUGGGUUUGUCUGAGACUUUUCACAGAAUGCAUAUCGGUGAUGAACAGAGGGAUGGUACUAAGAUGAGGGGAUUUGAGGUGGACCCUGAUGGGUUUGGCUUUGGUGAUGGUUAUUUUGGAGGGAAUAUCCCGUGGAGUGGUGAACAUGAAGGUUUUAGCAAUGGUGCUUCUGGUUUUGAAGGUUUUCAAUCCUCUCAUCAUGGAGCUCCGGCGAGUUUCAACGAUGAUAAGAGUUUGGCAUUGCUUGGUUUGCGGGGUGGAUAUAGAGGGAAUGAUUCAAUGAGGUCUUAUCUCGAUCGUAAUCAGUCUAAUGCUUUGUACUCUGACCCCAGUUGCAGCCAAAACCACAUGAACUUUUUAUUGGAGGAAAGAAAUGAACGUGGAAGUGGCUGUUACUAUAGAGGGGUUCAACUGCAGAACCCAGCUACAAUUAGGCCUUACCUUAAUGAUACUUCUCUUUGCUCACCGUGGGGUGAAAUGGAUUCUAAAGGAGUCAGGGGUCUAAGGGAACCAUUGAGUUCCCCCCAGUUGAUACACCAUCCCAAGUUGGCUUUAAAUGUGGACAAUCCCUUAUGUGGUCGUCUAAUGAUAAAUGAAAGGGCUAGAGCAAUCCCAAACAGCAUGCUUCCUCAAUCUGUUAUGUCUAGGAAAGGUGCAACUGAUGUUGAGCCUUUUUAUUGCGAGGAUGAUUUCAUCAUGCAGGGGAACAGUUUGAAUUAUGCCAUGGAUAAGAAAUCCAACGCUUCAUGGGGUCAUAAGAAGAAUUACCGCAAUGAAAUUGCAGAACAAAAUCAACGAAGGAAAAGCUCUGAACAGGAUGAAUGCUUUAGCUUUGGAAGUAUUUGUGAAAAUGGUCCGAGUCUGAGUAGUGAUUGUUCAAUGUUGUUGCCACAAGCUUUUACUUCUUUGGCUGAGGUUCAGGGCCAUAUAUACUUCAUAGCAAAGGAUCAAUAUGGUUGUCGCUUAUUGCAAAAGGUGUUUGAUGAGGGAACAUGUCAAGACGUGGAAAUCAUAUUUAAUGAAAUUAUCAGUCACGUUGUUGAACUUGCGACGGACACAUUUGGCAAUUACCUUGUUCAGAAGUUGUUGGAUGUGUGCAGUGAAGAACAGAGAAUUCAGAUUGUGCUAAUGUUGACCAACAAACCAGGACAACUCGUCAGAAUUUCUCUAAACACACAUGGCACGCGUGUUGUACAGAAGUUGAUCGAGACUGUCAAAACUCGAAAACAGAUCUUGCUAGUUAAGUCAGCACUUGAACGUGGUUUUCUUGAACUUAUUAAAGAUGUGAAUGGCUAUCAUGUGAUACAGCGUUCCUUGCAAUGCCUUAGCAAUGAAGAUAGUACGUUUAUUUUAGUUGCUGCUGCAAAGUACUGUCUGGACAUUGCAACUCAUAGGCAUGGAUGUUGUGUAUUGCAACGCUGCAUUGCACGUUCAAUAGGGGAACAUCGAGAUAAGUUGGUUGCUGAAAUUGCUAGAAAUGGGCUUCUCCUCGCUCAAGACCCAUUUGGAAACUAUGUUGUUCAGUAUAUUAUAGAGCUAAAGUUCCCAUCUGCGAGUGCGAGAUUGAUGUCUCAGUUUAAGGGGAACUACGUUCUGCUUUCGAUGCAGAAGUUUAGCAGUCAUGUGGUUGAAAAAUGCCUUAGGCAUUUGGAAGAGAGCAGGUCAAGAAUCAUCCGUGAAUUGCUCUCUGUGCCUCACUUUGAUCAGUUACUGCAAGACCCUUUUGGAAACUAUGUCAUUCAAUCUGCUUUAGCAGUUACCAAGGGCCCUCUUCAUGCUUCACUGGUUGAAGAAGUGCGGCGUCACAAUGUCUUACGCACCAGCCCAUAUUGCAAGAGGAUUUUCUCAAGGAAACUCAUGAAGGACUAAUAUGUGUAUUACCCUGUUGUAAGCUUGUUGUUGUUCUCUGAAGAUUUACCAAGAUGUCCACCAACAUUUAAGAACACUUUUCUAUCUUAGGCACUUGUAUGUUAAUUGUAUUUCAGAAUCUUUUGCUCAUCUCUAGGUGAGAAAUUCGCAUUAAUGCAGGCUCUUUGGAUGACUUCCAUGAGUCUGAGAAGUGUAGAACAGUAGAAGUCAUGUUUUUCUUCCAGUUUG